AUGGCUUUCCUGGAGGAUGGGAACAACACUGCAGUGACAGAGUUCAUUUUAUUGGGAUUGACAGAUGACCCGGUCCUUAGAGUUGUCCUCUUCAUUUUAAACAUGUGCAUCUACCUGGUGACUGUGACUGGGAACCUCAGCACCAUCCUUCUCAUCAGAGUUUCUCCCAAGCUCCAUCAUGCCAUGUACUUUUUUCUCAGUCACUUGGCUACUGUUGACAUAGGCAUCUCAUCUUCUGUCACACCCAAUAUGCUUGUCAACUUCCUGGUAAAGAAAAACACCAUCUCCUACCUUGGAUGUGGAAUCCAGCUCAGCUCAGCAGCUUUCUUUGGGGCAUCUGAAUGCUUCCUUCUGGCUGCCAUGGCUUAUGAUCGCUUUAUGGCAAUCUGCAACCCACUGCUUUAUUCAAUCAAAAUGUCCUCACAAGUCUGUGUCCAGUUGAUUUUGGGAUCUUAUAUAGGGGGUAUUCUUAAUGCUUCAUCCUUUAUUUUUUGCUUCUUUUGUCUUCCCUUUUGUGGAGAAAAUCGAGUCAAUGACUUUUUCUGUGAUUUUGCUUCAUUGGUGGAACUCUCCUGUUCUGAUGUCAGUGUCUCUGCAGUUGUUAUCUCAUUUUCAGCUGGAUCAGUCACUAUGAUCACAGUGUUUGUCAUAGCUGUCUCUUAUUCCUAUAUCCUUAUUACUAUUCUGAAGAUGCACUCCACUGAGGGCUGCCACAAGGCCUUCUCCACCUGUACCUCUCACCUCACUGCAGUCAUACUGUUCUAUGGGACUGUUACAUUCAUCUAUGUGAUGCCCAAGUCCAGCUACUCAAUGGAUCAGAACAAGGUGGUGUCUGUAUUCUACAUGGUAGUGGUUCCCAUGUUGAACCCCCUCAUUUACAGCCUUAAGAAUAAAGAGAUUAAGGGUGCUCUGAAGAGACAGCUUAGUAAGAAAAUACUUUCUUAG